UAAGCAGGGCCUCCCGUGCCCAACUCCAAGCAAGCGAGCACAGCUCAAAGACUCAUACACGUAGCACUGAAGACUUGUACAUCAACAACAUUGUUCUUCUGAGUUGGUGGUGAAGAUCAAGGUCGGGUGGGCUUGAUGGAGCAGGUGACGAAGCUGGCGGGGCAGCGGGCGGUGGUGAUCUUCAGCAUGAGCUCCUGCUGCAUGUGCCACACGGUGGCGCGCCUCUUCCGGGAUCUCGGGGCGAACCCGGCGGAGGUGGAUCUGGACGAGGACCCUAGGGGGAAGGAGAUGGAGAAGGCGCUGGCGAGGCUCCUCGGCCGGAACCCGGCCGUGCCGGCGGUGUUCAUCGGCGGCAGGCUCGUCGGAUCCACCGACAAGGUCAUGUCCCUUCACCUCAGCGGCAAGCUUGUCCCGCUGCUUCGAAACGCAGGUGCUGUCUGGGUCUAGUGCGCUGUGCGCGGGAGAUGUGGUUUUGUAGAUGCCUGAUGCAGUGGACACUAGCUAGUAGAGAAUAAUGUAAUACACGUAUGCCUACGUGUUCUGUUUUCUCUACCAGGUGAUUAUCAAAGAUAAAAAAGGAAACCAUGCAGGUCUUCUUUUAGUACGAUUCUAUGGCUUAAGUUGUGACUGGCAUGCAUGUGGACCAGCUUGAUGCUGGGCCCACAUGGCCUUCAUCCUAAAGCCGAGUGAUUUAAGUCAAAGGAUCUCAGCCUGCAUUGGAGAUGCCUUUGUAACGUGCAGGAUUUACUCCCUCUAUUUUAAGGGCUAACUAUUUCAACUUUAUUAACUCGGUUUUGCUAUUA